ACGCUGUCUGAACACACAUACAGCCGUUAAACAAACAAGAAGUUCAUAUUAAGUGAUUUACAUGGUCUGUAACACUAUUGCCUGAUUUUGCUCUAUUUCGUCGUCAAAAAUAGUUUGAAACAAGUCACAACACAGCGUUGUUUCGUUUAUGAAUGGAGGUGCAUUUUUAAACAAAUCUAGUGAGUCAGUGAUUCAGUUUCCCAUUUAUAAAGACAGUCACUUGAAUCAGCCGUUUGAACGAAUCAAAUGAAUGAAUGAUUCAGUAAUUAAAUCAGUGACCUUCCGCCACCUACUGGCAGUUUUAGUUUCAUUUUUAAAGUCUCUUUUCAGUUAAUUAUUAUUAAUAAUGCAUCUAAUAUAUCUUUAUUCAACAUUUUAUAUUUAAAACAUUAAUCUUAACGUGAAUUUAUGAAUUUGAUUGCACUCGUGCCACCUCUGAGCCUCAUUAAACAUGAAAAUACACCUACAAGACACUUCUGUGCACCUCUGUAGUGAUUAAUUUUGUUGAUUCCGUUUGAUUGGUUACUUGUUCUUAUUCUGCUUAUUCUUAUUCUGUUGUUUUAAUUAGACAUUUUAAAAACAAUUUGAUAUAAAAGAUGACAUACUUUUAAUAAAAAGAAAAAUGUCAUUACAAAGUAAAAACAAAAUUCUUCUGUAAAUCACUUUGAGUAGUCAAAUAUUACCUCGUAAUGAGAAGGCAAAUUUUUGAUCAGAUAUUUUGAUUAUUGAUUAGAAGGUGCUUCUGAAAUUUUAACUGUGCUCCUAAUUUUUUUAAGUUAGGAGAAAAGUAAUCAUAGAGCCCUGUAAAUGUUAAGUUUAGGGGAAGGGUUUGUGUGAGGCAUUUAGUUCUGAUAGGUAGGGUUAAGGUAAAGAGCUAGAGAUUGGAUGAUUGUGUCAAUAAAUUAAGAGUCUAGAUGCCUAAAAACUCUAAAAACCACCUCAGUCAAAAAUGAGAUAAUGGUACUAAGUAAAUGCUCUCGACACAUAGAGUACAUCCAUCAAAUGCUUUUACUUCAGACUUGCUAAAUCCCACCCUCAGCCCAAUCAGAAGUACCGGUGCUUAGGUAGAAACCUAUACAUAGGAACCUGAUAAAAAAUGCUUAUUUAAAAAAAAGAAAAAAAACAUCAGAUGGAUUUAGAGGCUUUUGCAUCUGAACUCUUGAAGUGUCCGCACAAAGAUAGAUGUUCAGGGUUGUGUGUUUGUGAGUAAUGAGAUCUGUUGGUCUUGGCUCCUCAGACUGUUCGAUUGGGGUCUCAGGAUUUCCCCAGGGGCCCGUGAGGAGCGUUUAAAAUUAGCCUGAGUCUCAUCUCUCCUGUCUCACACACACACACACACUGUCUCUCCUUCUUAAAGACUUUCUCUUGUACCUGCACUUUCUCCUCUGUCUGGUGUAAAUGUGUGUGUUUUACAGUAGUUAUGGGUAAAACAGAGUUUUACUCUGUGUUCAAGAGCUUCUUGGACUGCCUCUGCCUGUGUCAGAGUAACGGGCGCGUGCGAGCGUGGGCCGUUGAGGAUGACGAGGAGGGUCAUCUGAUCUAUCGGGCAGGAGACGUGCUGCAGGACAGAUAUGAGAUCGUGGGGACGCUCGGGGAGGGAACCUUUGGGAAAGUGGUGGAGUGUAUCGACCAUCACAGGGGAGGCUUUCGCAUCGCUCUGAAGAUCAUUAAGAAUGUGGAGAAAUACAAAGAAGCAGCUCGUCUGGAGAUCAACGUCCUGGAGAAAAUCAACCAGAAAGAUCCAGAAAACAAGAAUCUGUGUGUGCAGAUGCUGGACUGGUUCGACUAUCACGGCCACAUGUGCAUCAGUUUUGAGCUGUUAGCUCUCAGUACCUUUGACUUCAUGAAGGAGAAUCAUUAUCUGCCCUACUCCAUCAGUCAGGUCCGACACAUGGCCUACCAGAUCUGCCUCGCCGUCAAGUUUCUCCAUGACAACAAUCUGACACACACAGACCUCAAGCCUGAGAACAUCCUGUUUGUGAACUCUGAUUGCACUGUCACGUAUAACCCAGAGAAGAAGCGGGACGAGCGCUGUGUGCUGAACACUGCUGUGAGGGUUGUGGAUUUCGGCAGCGCCACAUUUGACCACGAGCAUCACAGCACCAUCGUUUCCACUCGACACUACAGAGCGCCGGAGGUGAUUCUGGAGCUGGGCUGGAGUCAGCCGUGUGACGUCUGGAGCAUCGGCUGUAUUCUGUUUGAGUACUACCGCGGAUACACGCUCUUCCAGACUCAUGACAACAGGGAGCAUCUGGCCAUGAUGGAGCGAGUACACGGACCUGUUCCUUCCAGAAUGAUCCGUAAAACAAGGAAGCAGAAGUACUUUUACAGAGGCCGUCUGGACUGGGACGAGAGCACGUCAGCGGGACGAUACGUCAGAGAGAACUGCAGACCUCUGAGAAGGUACGUGUUGUGCGAGACAGAGGAGCAUCAUCUCUUCUUCGAUUUGUUGGAGGGCUUGUUGGAAUAUGAACCGGAUCGGCGCCUGUCUCUGUCCGCUGCGCUGCGUCAUCCCUUUUUCGGUUCCGUCCGAGACGCUGAACACUUCAGUGGCGCCCGUGACAUAAGCCGGUGACCUCUGACCUCUCCUUUAACCCGUGCUUCCACUCCGCCGGCGCCUCAGAGCGGGACGUCCUGUUUCUGAGCCGGUGGUUCUGAUCCACACGAGCAGGUUGGUCAUCAAGUCUUACGAUUAUGUCAUGAUGACGAGACUGCUGACGAUCGGCUGAGGCCUCUGCUUACUGCUGAUUGGUGGAGCCGAGCACAGAGAGACGUGACGGCCAGUAGAAUUAGACUGACACCUUCACAAGCUCCCCGACUGGUCAGGAUUCGUUUGAUGGACAGCCCUGGGGGGCGGGACGUCUUAAGGUUGUUUUGGGAUCAUCGCAGAUGACUAGGAUUUCAUAUAUUGCACAUGUGGUGGUUCUCAGCAAAUGAACAGUUUCUCAGUAUUUAUUUUAUUGUUUUGUAUGAGAUGAAUAUUCUUAUUUCUACAGUACAUGUUCUCUGUAAUAAAACGUGCUUCGUAUCA